AUGGCUGGUUUGAUGAGAUCUGAAGUAUCAUUCAGGAGGCAAGGAUCUUCAGGUUUAGUUUGGGACGAUAAGAUCUUAUCUGGCGAAUUGAACAAAGUGGCAAAUCAAAAGGAAGAAAGCAAUCAAUUGGAACAAAAGAAAUCCGCCGGACUAACGAUAGAGAGAAGCCGAUCCAACGGCGGAGGUCGAGGAUACCGAACCGGAAGGGUGUCCCCGGCUAUAGAGCCACCGUCUCCAAAGGUUUCUGCAUGUGGGUUUUGCAGUGCUUUUAGCAAACAAGACAAAACUCGCCGGCGACCACCCAAGUCCGGUAAGCGUAAGAUAUAA